GAGUCAGUCUCAGCUGCCAUAACUACGGAAACACAUGCGCGGCUUCGCUGUCAGCGAGAGAGCUCGUACAGGAAGGAAAUGAGGGGAGACGACAAGAAAGAGACAGAGAAGCAGAGACGCAGGGGAAAAAAAAGUAGAUGAGGGUCACUGGGGUUUUCCACUGUGUAGGAUCAGAGCAAAUGGGAUGGGUAGCUACAACAGAGCGAGGAGGGGAAACAGGUCUGCAGUCAGACGUCACCGCCAGAGUCGGAGCAGAUGCUCAGGAGAAGUGACCGACUGAACGCCGGAGCACCACAGAGGCUUCAGAGACAGCAGCGCCCUGGGAGCAGGAACAGCUUGAACACAUCUUUGUUUGAAAAGUAGGGCCUGACUCUGUGAGGAGGAGACAGUGACGGCGUUCAGUUUGGAUAUUUGACAGCGAGGUGAAGUUGAAUGGGCUUGGAGUCAUGGAGAUGAACUGCACCAGUGAGGAUAAAUACCAGAGCAAAGAUGGGCGCUGCUGUGAUCGCUGUCCUGCAGGGCAGUAUUUACGAAGUGACUGCAGCGACACGAAGAAGACAGAGUGUGCUAAAUGUGUACAUGGGUACUUCAUGGCCACCAAAAAUCACUUACCCAGGUGUCAAGUUUGCAAGGAGUGUAGUCCGAACAACAAACAGAUUAAACUCAGUGAUUGUACAGCGACGGAAAACACAGUGUGUCAGUGUCGGACGGAUUUCUACUGCAGUAAUGACGACUGUGACCUCUGCGAGCCGGUGGCCAAGUGUCCUCCCGGGGAGGGCGUCAGGCUGAAAGCCACUCGCACAAAUAACGCCGUCUGCGCUCCAUGUGAAGUGGGGACCUUCAGCAAUGUGACGGACUCCAUCUCACCCUGCAGAGCACACACCAGAUGCGAGGACUACGGGAGAGUGUUGGAAACUCAGGGAACGCCAACAAAAGAUGCCGUCUGCGGAAACUUCAAAUCCCAUUGCUCGUGGAUGCUGCCUGCAGGCCUGUGGUCUGGACUCGUGUUGACUGUCGUCAUCGUCAUACUUGUGGUUCUCAUCAUCUGGAGGCUGAAACGUAAAUCAUACAGAACAGCAGUGAACUCCAGCCCAGCUGUUUUGGUGGAGGUGAUUCCCGCACCACCACUCACUCCCCCGAGGCUGACCUCCCACUGCCAAGAGAGCUGCAAAAUGGAGGAGUGCAAAUUAUCCAUUUACAACCCAGAUGACACUUCGGUCGGUUGCGCCAUGCAGGACAGCUCAGACAUCAGCCUUCUCAAAACUCCGCUGAAGACCUCCGUCUCGUUCGUUGAAUCCAGCCACGUCAAUGGGACGGCAGCGUACAUCAGUAGCAGCCUGCUCAGGUCCUGCUCCGAGCCUCAGGAGGACGAAUGGUGCGGGACAUAACCGAGGAACCCCUCCGCUGAGGGAGCACACUCCUUCCUUCCUGCUGCGGAAACAGUGAACCUGGGACAUUGAAACUGGAUCUUUUUUUGGCUUCAUCAUGGUCGCCAGUUUACCAGACUUGAAUAAGAACUCCGGCUCAGAUCAUGUGAUCGUACGUUUUCUUUACAACCAGCUGCGCAAACAGAGGUGCAGCUCUGCAACUUCACAGCUGAAAGAAGAACCACCUGCAGACUGCGGCUCCGUCUUGUUUCUACCCAGGAUUAUUGUGAUGGUCUCCGUUUUAUAACGUGGCAAAUCUCACGAGAGGACCAAAUAAAAAAGAGAUAUCAUCACACCGCCACAGACUUAUGGUCCCAUGUGCCUUCAUCGCUUUAAAAAUGUACUGUGGAUGCAUGUAACACAUCAUGAUCACAGACCACGCUUUUAAAACCGUGCAAUGUAUGGCAGAUACUGAAUGCAGCUGGAUUUCUGUGGGAGGUCAGCAUUUUGAGAAAUUUAAACAUUUUCAUUUCACAAUGUACUCAUACUUUUUUUUCAUGAAAUUAUCUGGGAUGUUUCCUUUGUUGUCGCUGUCAAUUUUCUGGAAACUGGUGUAUUUGAGCUCAAACUGGGCUGCAAUGAUACUGCUGAUGUACAACAUGCCCCAUUGCAUCAGACUGUGACAGGUUUAAGUUAUGUUAUGUUCCUCCAGGUUUUAUUGUGCUGAUCAGCAGUUAUCUCCUGUUCCACUCAAAUCUGAAACUUCUGUCUUAUGAAGAAAACAUUUUCUGUUACUGACUGAAUUUUAAAAAGAAAACUUUUGAAGUGUAGUGCGUCUCCAUCCUGGCUGAGUGUUUGUUUUCACAGUGUGUCGUUGUCACUCAGAAGAGAUCAGCUGGUCUGUCCCACAUGUGUAACAUUUCAUUUCCCAUUAAAAUGAUUUUUAAUGUUGAAUAACUUUUACAGGAAUUUAAAACAUGUCUUACUAUGAUGUGAAUUUAAGUUUAAACGCGUCAUUUUGCUUUGACAGAUUCGUAUAUAAUGUGAGUUUAUGUUGUAAGUAUAUUAUUUCCAUCAUCUCUUUAUCCACGUUGGUGUUGAAGACGUAACAGAGAAAACCACAGCAAGGAUCUCAGCCCAGGUUUAUGUUACUGAGGCCAGAGCACAAAGACUCCAAACAAAUUCAUCACUCUUUCUGUUGCUCUCACUGCCACAUUGCUGCCAUCUGCUGUUCAGCUCUUUGUUUCAGGGUCAUUUCCACACAACCUUUAUGAACAGUUGCAGUAACUGACAGUCUUGCAGUGUUAUGUAAGGUCAUUCCACUUGUUAGACUCCACUCCUGGAUCGGUGACUCGUCUGUUGGGCUGCACAUGUUGCACUCAAUGCAGUAUGGGAUUUAAUUUACAUAUUUUUAGAUCGUGAGCAGAAACUGGAUCACUCACAGAAAACUUAAAGUCACACGAAGAACAUGCAAACUCCACACAUAAUGACCUCAAACCAGGUUCAAACAAGCCACUACACCAUCUACUAUAUUGAAAUACCGCAAUAUAUUGAGUUAAUAUAAUUAAACAAUACUAUUCUUUAACAUUUGCAGCAUGAUUCCAUAGCCACUAAAUUAAAAACUAAAUGAGAGUAACUUCUUCUGAAGUUUUACAGUUAAAUUGUGCAAUGAGUGAAGAUCGUGAAGCCAUGAGUUACAGAGAAACAAAAUUCUA